CAUUAAUUUAUUUGACCAUCUUACCCACUUGGAUACCACUUAGGGUGACAUAUUUUCUCCGCAUACGGUUAGGACGACUGGUGAAUUCACCGACAGGUGAAGACUUGACCUGCAAAACCAAGUCUCAACUUAUGGAAGUCUCGUUUAGUCGGCUAUCACCUGAAUGAGCCCUCAAAAUCACACGGCACAUCCAGGGAAGGCCAGUCCUCGCCGCACCUUCAGCGAGUCACCGUCCACCGACAAACCCAAAAAAUCACUUGGAGAAAAUAAUGUGCGUACCGCACGUUCAGCCUCACUUGGUAAACUUUGGGGUCGCAAAAGAGGGCAACAGUCUUCAGACCGUAUUCUUGCGUCCAGUGUACCAAAAGACGCGUGGAUGAAGAAAGACACUCCCGGAGAUGCAAGUUAUGCCAACCCGGUGUUGACCAGCGGCCGAGAUUCUCCUGACAUUGAUGAAGAAGGAGAAGAUGUCUUUUCUUUUGAAGGGUCGCAAUCUACACACGGACUGAGCCUUUCUGGACGAAAAUCAGCGAGAUUGGUAAAGCAGACAUCCUUUUCCUCUCAAGUCUCGUCGGCGUCAGAUUCUUCGCAGAAUGCCGGCAGCGAUGGCAGCACACCCUCAUGGGGCUCCUUAAGUUUGGGAGUAAGAUCGCAUUCAACUAAAGCGAGUAGUGAUCUGAUUGGGGUUUCGGACCAAAAAAACGACAUCUUGGGUUCAUUGCCAGCCAAGCAUGGAGGUUUGCGGCUGGCGUUGUCAAAAUUACGGAACUCCAAAAGCAGGGCAUCAACUGGCGAACUCUCGAGCCCUGCUGCAGAGCAAAUACUCACACCUCUCGACACCAAAUCAUCUCCGUCGCUGGGACCAAGUCCUUCGCACUCCAGCCCUAUCAGCAACUCAAGUAUUGACCUUCCCGCUCACUCCAGCCGUGGCCUGAGUAGUAUCCGCUUGAAACCGUUUAACUCACCAUCGCAAAGCCGCUCGUCCGCUGAAUUUUGUUCCUCCCCUGCUCGCUCGCCCUCCAAGCACAGCCUGAUUUCCCGAUCCCCAUCAUCCGUCUCUAAAUCCAACUCCUUCACGAUGGGGCCAUCCAGUAGACGACCUUCAUCUGCGGCGGGCGAACCAGUAAAAGAGACUCAUGUAAUGGUUAGGGACUACGACCCGCAGACUGGGAACAAGAUUAUAAAUAAGUACAUGAUCGUCAAAGAGCUUGGAAGGGGUUGCCACGGAAAAGUAAAACUCUGUGUUGAUAUGGAGACUGGCGAGGAAUGGGCUUUGAAGAUUGUCCAAAAGAAGGCACGGCCACGCUUUCAAAGUCGAUUACUUUCGAAUCGCCUUGCGGCCGCUGAUAUUGAGCAGAACGGAAAAGUCCCACCGAGUAACCCGGAGCUUGAAAAAAUAAAGCGCGAGAUCGCAAUUCUCAAAAAGUGCAAUCACCCACAUGUUGUCGCUCUGAAGGAGGUCAUAGAUGAUCCUGCAUCGGAGAAAAUCUACUUGGUAUUAGAGUAUCUUGCUGGCGGUGAUAUACGAUGGCAUGAUAAUUCAGAUCCACCAAGGCCAAUCUUGACCAUCGACGAUGGCCGACGCAUAUUUAGAGAUGUUAUAUGCGGUAUUGAAUACUUGCACUAUCAAGGAAUUGUCCACCGAGAUAUCAAACCAGCGAACCUCCUUUGGACAGGCGACGGGAGGGUUAAAAUAUCCGAUUUUGGAGUCAGUGUCGUGGUCAGGCCAAAGUUCUCACACGACGACCACGAGGCGAGCGAAGAACAGGAACGGAGUAACGAGCUGGAACUGGCGAAAACAGCGGGCACUCCUGCUUUCUUUGCCCCAGAGAUGUGCGGAAUGACUGAUGAAGAUUUCGGGUCAAAUUCAAGUCUAUUCGCCGUGCCGGGCCGACCAUUCAACGCGUUUGGUACCAAUCCCAGUGAUAGCCAAUCUAGUGGCACUGCACCAGCAGAAAGUGCAGGACCUGGGACACCCAUGAAGGGCCUGUCCAAUCAAUCAUCAUUUGCUCUCUCCGAUACUGGAGCACUCGCUAGCGGCAAUAGGACUUCUGGAACCCCCAUGCCGAUGUCACGGCAAACGUCCUCCGGGGACGUUACGGAUCAAGUCCAAGCUGAGCUGGGCCAGCCUCAGCAGGCUAGUCGCAUCCCAGUGCUAAACAAGCAGCCUUCAUCUAAAAUGGGUAUUUCAGCUGGUACUGAACCUGUGCGGGAAGGCGAAGAUGAUCAAUCGGAAUUGGUGCAAUCCGCUGUCGAUGUCCCUUUAUCACCUUCCUCACCCCCAACGCCGAACCCCCCUCCUCCACCCCUCCAGCACCUUCGCAUUGGAAAAGCGAUCGACAUCUGGGCAAUGGGAGUUACUUUAUACUGCUUCAUAUUUGGACAGGUUCCCUUCAUGGCGGAGACAGAGUUUGAAUUGUUUAAUGUGAUCAGUAAGAAGACCCUAGAGUUUCCGAGUCACAUACGCAUUACGGACGAUCUACGGGAUUUGUUCACCAAGCUAUUAGAUAAGGAUCCAUCAACUAGAAUAACAUUAGAAGAGACCAAGCUUCAUCCUUGGACCACAGCCGACUUAACACCUGAAGAACGUGAAGCAUGGCUGCAACAGACGGAUCCGACUUUACAGUAUGGUGCUCCCGUCCAGGUGACGGACGAAGAUGUCCGUGGGGCUGUGACCAUCAUGAGCCGAAUACGCGAUCGGAUAAGAAAGCUGUCAUCUUCUUUCCACAAUCUCACCGCAGGGCUGCGAAGAAGGACGAAGAGCAUGCCCAGCGUUCCAUCGGAAGCGAUCGAAGCACUCGUGAAAAAAGGAAAGGACCAAUGUGCCGUCAAUGGUGCUGCCCAGCAGGAUAGCACCAGGCCCUCCACGACGGGUAAUCGGUCGAAACCCUUGCGAGGGCGACGCCGGUCUCCCUUGAGCGGUGGCGAGUCAUCUUCGGACUACCUGGAUGUACAUGGUAAACAUGUUCCAUCACUUUUCUCCCCGGACAUUGAUAUGGAAAAUGGGGCGGUCGAACACGAGCCACAGCAACAAGAGUGGUUCCGGUGGGGUGUUGGAGGACGCGGUUCACAAGCAUCGGGACACGAAUUUCCUCCAGAGGGGAGUGCGUUCGUGCCAUAUGGUCUGAGAUCGCCUGGUGCAUCGUCAGACGAUAUGUACAUGACAUCAAACGAGGCGAGUGAAGACGAGGAAGAUGAGGGCGUGAAAGCAGAACGAGAGAGAUUGAGGCAAUUUGCUCUGACUUACGGACAGGAUGAAGCAGACGAUGAGGACGAAGGGGACGAGGAAAAUGGAGGAGGAUUGGAAAUGAAAGAGAGCGGGCUAGCUCGGGGUACAGAAGUGCUAGUGAUUGAUGACAGGGAGGCAGGUGGUUAACCUCUUAAAAAUCACUAGUAAUUCGCCUUUUGUUUAUUUGGUGUAAGCUAGUAAUACACUGGAUGAGUGCUUCAUGA